CUUCACUAAAUCUCCCUGAUGCGGGGUCUCCAGGCCUCUUCACACUUUUUCUGUGACCGAGGUCGAGCGCCUCUUGACUCCGAUUCCGCAUAUUUGAUUGAACUUUCCGAAUCGAGACCGCAGCCCCACGACAUCGACACGCCAUGGCUAGCUAUCGAGACGGUCAAACCCAGCAACAACUGAACUUUGAAUUCCCCGCUGCGCAUAACGACCAAAAUCCCACGAACCAACCCCCCUCUCACGCGGCAGCUGCGAGCAUCAAUAACGGCGAUAACAGCUACGUCCCGCGCCCGAAACGCAUAGCAUGUGCCGUUUGUCGGCGGAGGAAGCUUAGAUGCGAUGGGAGGAAGCCCAGCUGCGGCACUUGCUCGCGUCUAGGCCAUGAAUGCACAUACGAUGAGGCGCGGAAGAAGAGUGGUCCGAAGCGGGGAUAUGUGAAGCAGUUGGAAGCCAGGUUAGCGCAGGUUGAGACGUUGUUGAAGACCCAAGAGCCGGAUAACGUCACUGUACCACAACCUAAAGAGCAUGCAUUCCCUGUUGGCCUGUCGAAGGAGCCUGCCGGCACCGAGAUGCAUGUCAUGGGCAGCAUGAACAAUUCGUUAUCUCCACCAGAAGGCCCAACGGCAGCGGGGCAGAUGCCCUUUACACCGGAAAGGAUGGAUGCAGCGAACACAUUUGCAUGGGAUAUGAUCAGUUUGGGUCUGGAGGAGCCUUUCCCGGCCCGGGAGGUCAUCGAUGAGCUGGCUCGGAAAUACGCCGAAUUGGAUCAGAUGAAGGGUCUUGGUGAGGGAAUCCUCACUUUGACGCAUUGUCAAGCAUGGCUUCUUAUCGGCAGCUAUGAAUACAAAAUGAUGUAUUUCCCUAGGGCAUGGCUAAGUGCUGGGUCAGCCGCUAGACUAGCCGUCAUGCUCGGACUGCACCGCCUGGAUGGCGAAGGCCUUGAGGUAAAGCAAUGCUUACCAUUGCCGAGAGACUGGACGGAGAAGGAAGAAAGACGAAGGGUUUUCUGGAUGGCAUUCAACGUUGAUAGAUAUGCAAGUAUCGGGACUGGAUGGCCUACUUGUAUUGAUGAGCGAGAUAUCAUGACAAAUCUUCCCGCCAGCGAGGAAGCAUUCACCAACGGCAAACCAGAAAAAACUCCCCGUCUCAGCGAUGUGCUGUUAGGCAGCGACCUGGAGGAACUAUCAGCAUUCGCAAGCGUUGCCUUCGUCUCGUGCCUACUUGGUCGGAACUUAACCCAUCUACAUCGCCCCGAGCCUCAAGAUAAUGACAACGAUCUCAAUGGCGUUUUCUGGCAGCGUCACAGGUCUCAUGAUAAUAUCUUACUUCACUUUGCACUCUCGAUGCCGAGUCACUUGCGACUUCCUGCCGGUAUUGCAGAUCCGAAUGUCUUGUUCUGUAAUCUAGCGGUCCACACAUCCACGAUUUGUCUCCACCAAGCUGCUAUCUUCAAAGCUGAGAAAAACGGCAUGCCAAACCAGAUAAUCUUAGAAAGUAAGCGGAGGUGUAUCGUCGCUGCGGAUCAAAUUUCUAGCAUCAUGAAAAUGGUUAGCUCGAUGGAUAUGACCAAGUAUCUUAAGUUCCGCCCUGAUGACACGGCAGCCCGUUCCUCCUUGCAGUUCGUCUUUGUUGUCCUCGAGGCCCUUAAGAAUCACAAUCCUCUUACCGAAUCAUUCCUCGUUCAAUUAGAAGUCGACAUUGAAGGAACACCAUUCCAAGAUAUCCGACUACCAAAUGGUCGGAGUAAGAGCAAAAAUUUCUUCUCAGCGCAUACACAUGGAGAGAAUGCUCUAUACUCCGAAGCGCUCAAUAAUUCACCUAAUGCCGACAAAGUAGGCGAUUGUACCACAUGGGACCCUGCUAUCCACGCCGCUACAGACGCUGAUAGCAACCCUAACCGGGCUAAUCUUCCCGUCUGUCUUCCGACUCGCCAACGGCGCCAGCCUCCACGACAGCAACCUUCCCACUCUACCUCCAUUGCUGCUUCUGCAGUACCGCCAUUGUCCGUUAUGAAUAAUCUACCAGGAUUCAGCAAAGCCCAAGAUAUUCUCCACGAUUCCGCAGCCCCCGCCACUACAGGUAGUAUCCUUUUCGAUCUCGAUCCCCAGCCCCGCUUCCACGACGUAACGAACUCAAACUCGGCUCCUGAGAGCUCCGCCUCAUCGACCAUGAACUCUUCUUCCACGCCUUCGUUCAUGCGGACAGACCACUCUUCAUCACCGAAACAAGCUCAGUCCCGGUCUUCUUCUGGCGCACUGGAAACAUCAAUCCAAGAUUCAGCAGUGACAACAUCGUCAAGGUUGGAGAGUACGAACGUGAAUGCGUUCAUUGAGUAUUCGAAUCCCAGGAAUGACACCAAUUCUAACACUAAUCCCCUACUAUCCAUGGGCUCCAUGAAUACACCCCGUGGCACGCACCGACCGCAACAGAAUACAGAUAUGCCGGCUCCUUGGGAAUUCCAAAUUAAUAUCAACGGAGAUCUCAACGAUCUGAACUCUGGGGGGAUCGAUCUUAUGAACACUGAUAUGGAUGGGUUCAACAAUGCCCAAUGGGCACAUAUCCUGGGCUCUGAGGAGUGGAAUCCUAACUAAUACCAUCCAAUGUUCCUUGACGGCAUCAACCUCCGCACAUAUUCACCAAAUAAUAAUGAUAUACUAACGACUUGUGGGAUUCGAAUUCGGUGGCCUGGGCUAAAGAUUGUUGGAGUUUUGGUUAGGUGUUUGGUAUUGGUUGCUUCUGAGACGUGGGUAGUCGGCAAUCCUAUUUUGUGGAUACAUCCUUGUGAAAAUACAUUGGAAUCUCAUCUCUAGAGUGUAUAUCACUGACCAUAGCUAGCGAGCUAUAAGAAAUAACCUCGACUCACA